AUGACUUAUGGAAUAGAAAGAAAAGAAAUUAUGGAAGAUGAGAAUCAAGAUGUGUUGGCUGACUGUGACAGCGAGAAUAUCCAGCAUAAUUUGAACAUAUUGGACAAUGAAAAUGUAGCAGGAGAUGUUGCCUCGGAGCCUGAGGUAGGCAUGACGUUUAAUGAUGAGAAAGAAAUGUUGGAGUUCUACAAAAGAUAUGCUUACGCUGUAGGCUUUCCAGUUCGAAAAAGGAAUUCGAAAAAAGGUGAUGAUGGAGUUAUGAGAUACGUGACUUUCACAUGUAGUCGCGAAGGGCGAAAGAAUUAUGCUACAGGCGGUUCAUUGAAGCCGCAACCAACAAGUCAGACUGAUUGCAAAGCAAGAAUAUCUGCGUCCUUAGAUAAUCUUGGAGUUUGGAGAAUUAACAAAGUGUACCUUGAUUAUAAUCAUAAGACAAGUCCUUCAAAGUCUAGAUUGUACCGAUGCAAUCGAAUUUUGAGUGCGAGUGUGAAGCGAAAACUCCAAGUGAAUGAUAUGGCAGGAAUUCCCUUACACAAGAGCUACAACUCCGCAGUUGUGGAAGCAAGUGGGUAUGAGAAUACGACUUUUGUGGAGAGAGAUUGUCGGAACUAUGUUGACCAAGAGAGACGAUUACGCCUUGGAGAAGAAGAUGUCAUUGCAUUACAGGCGUACUUUUCAAAGAUGCAGGCAAGGUGCUCAGGAUUUUUUUUUUAG